UUUCCUUUUCCUUUUCCUUUUCCUUUUCCUUUUCCUUAUGCUGAAUGAGGUGCACAUUACAUCAAAGAGCCCCCACCUCGACAGUCCAGCACAUCAAUCUACCUCCGUACUCACGUCCGUCCACAAAACAAAGAGCCUGAGCACUGAGCAUCCUGCAACACCCGCGCCAUUACUCGUACUCUACAGUACGAGUAGCAAUCUCUUCAUACCCCACUACCCCGUACGAGGACCUUGACCCCGCUACAGAGCUAAGGCACCUUAGUCAGGCUGGGGCUCCGCUCCCAGAUCAAUCUUCGGGCGACAACCGGAUACUCGAGGCAGCAUUCAAUCCAGCAGCCUUACUUGACCAUAUUCCUAGCACUGGUGAACCUCACAAUAAAAAACAGGAAGCACUUUGCCCUUCACGAAUUUGAGGAGUAAGCCUGCCAAUUGCCCGCCUAUCUUUUUGCUCGCACAACGUAAUCACACGAGGGCUCUGAGUAUAUCUGCACAUGGUCGAACGUUUCACGGUGUCCGACAUUGUUACAUGGCACCCUGACUGAUUCGAGACUAUAGUACUGCCAAAGAAGAGAAGAUGAAUGCUGUGAGCUUAGAAACUUUGCCUAGACAGACCACUUGAUCCAAGGACUUGUACUAGUUAUAACAAUGCAUCGUUCUGGAGUCAGUGCUGCGGAUACACCGCUGCUGAGAGUCUCCAGGCCAGUCUCGGCUUGUUCAAGAUGCCGUGCGGCAAAGAUCAAGUGUGACGGAAAACUACCGGCUUGUACUGCAUGUGAAAAGUCAGGAAGAACAGGAGAAUGCUCAAGUGCAAAUGAUCAGUUUGCGAAAGGAAAAGAGAGAAGCUAUGUGGCAUCACUGGAGUCGCGCGUCGAGAAACUAGAAAGAAGAAUCGCCUAUGCGCGAAAUCGAAAAGCAUCAGUAGCGAUGCAUGAUGGUGAGGAUCCUGGAGAGGUUCCAGAUCGAAAGGAUUCGCUUGCAACUAUCCGAGCAGCUAUACAUGGAAAGGCGGCUCGGAGGAGGGAGGCGGCGGACGUUGAUGAACUUGUGUCUGAUUUUGGCUUUCUCUCGGUCAACGCCACCACUCGGGAUUUCGAAGCGUCAACAACGAACAUGACUUUCGCACGUCUGAUCCUUGCUGCCGCAAACAAUGAUCAAGUGCCGAGCUCUCAACCAUUCAAUCUGCCUUCGAGGCCAGCAGCCAUAGCGCUGGUCCAGUACUAUCUGGAUAAUGUCUUCGCACUCUUUCCUGUGUUCUCCGAAACUGCCUUGUUCAAUGCUCUUGAUGCCGUCUAUCAGGAGAAUGGCCGCCAAGUCACCGAUUUCGAACACUGGCUCUUGUAUAUGGUAUUUGCUAUCGGAGCUACAGGCCAGUCUCGUAGUCAUCACGAUGCUCUGUAUGCUGAUGGUGUGCUGUGGGUUGGUCGAGCCUUGCGAUACGCUGAUCGAGUCCUCAUGCCCGGCUACGUCUCUCAGAUACAAGCCUUAGUCUUGCUCGUGCAGUAUUCCAUGCUUGAUCCAGCCCAUUUCGAUAGUUGGCAGCUGAUCGGAUUUGCGUGCCGGGCAAUUGUGGAUUUAGGCUUCCACCAGGAUCCUCCUAAGGAGCAACAAACAGAGAAGAAAACCCUUGAACUGCGACGUAAAAUUUUCUACUGCGUUUAUUCACUGGAUAGGUCCAUCAGCAUGGUUCAUGCCCGAUCUUUCUCUUUCACGGAUGACUCUACGGCAGUGAUGUUGCCCUUGGUCACAUCCUCAAUGCCUGCCUCAGCGAAGUCACCUACGAACGGACCUCACUCUCUUGAAACAGCUUUCAUCUUGUUCCAACUUCGUCAGUUGCAAUCGUCCUGGUACCAGGAGCUCUUUCAAUCCAGCCGCGACCCGCUUCAGAAUUCCUCCACUUACAUUUGGCAAAUGUGUCAAGAGAUGCGAGAGUGGUCGGAAUCGUUCCCUGACAGCUUACCACUUGCAUUUAAAGAGUUCUUUGACUUGGAACUACUAUACAGCUACGUUUACUGCCUUGCUCCAUCUUGUCGGGUGCAGACAGUGAUUAAUUACGGCAAGACCUUGAUCUUCGAGUAUAGCAUUGCAUACAUGCAAAAGAUAUUCCCCAUCAGCAGGGAUCCCAUAAAUACGGCAUUCUAUACAUACCACGAUGCUCUGCGGGUUUAUUUCGUGGGUGGCCAGUUCGUAUCAGUUCUCCUUGAGAACCAAGAUCAGCUUCUGAAUGGCGUUCUGCCAUUCGCACCGGUACUAGCAGGCGCUCCACCACCUCCCCCACUACCGAACAAUGCUGGAAUUGACAGUAUUGAUAGAAGUAUCAACUGUGUGACACACAUCAAAGAGACUCUCAGGACCUUCGGUCAUCGCUGGGAGGAUUCGAAAGCGCUACUGUCUAGUUUUGAGCUUCAGGCCGAGCCACUCAUAGCUGCUCUGCAUCAGAGAAAGCAACACAUCGGAGAGAUCUCCAGGAAUAGCCACAGUCCACCAGUUUAUGUAUCACAGCCAGGUUUCGAUCAGGUGAACACCUUAACCGUUGGAGAGUGGUCAAGCAUAGGAAGUGGAUUUGGGAGCAUGACCACGCUUCAAGGAGGGCAUGGCGGAGGACCGCCUCAUGUUCCAUAGGAAGUUUAUCGAUGCAUUAAUAGGUGUCUCAAUGUCGGCGCCAAAGCGUUGACAGAUUCCUAGGAAGACAGAACCUAGGCACCGGGGUCACUUCAUUGCUUCGCCCCCUGAUCGCUCCUUCCUUGUGUCCUUGCAGCAUUCUUCUCCUAUACUAUGGAGCUACCAUGGCUAGCACCUUCCCAAAGUCAUAUUAUCGGAAAGUAAUCGUAGAAGUCCUUCUUUUUCCACGUCAGAUUUCUAUUUUCCUCUUAGACAACAUCCAUACAUUCACCAGACGUGAAUCCUUCAGCCUAAACCUCAAUUAUCUAUGAUUUGAAUACAUCACUAGACAGUAAUCAGGCCUAUUCUUCUCCUCAUCAAGCUCCUUCAAAUCGUGACCUUCUUGAAGAGCACCACAUCAGUCUUAACAGCAACGUGCGUACCUCUCCUGGAUUUCCAAUAGGUGUCUCCGACAGUGUAUUUACAGCGGAUACCGAUUUCAAAAUGCCUCAGAGGCACAACGUGCGAGAAUCUGGUCUCUCACUGGGGAAAACUGUUCUGGCUUUAACGCUACUUGGGCUUGUCGUUGUUUAUCAUGCCUCUCCGUCGUCUCCUUACAAGAUGAUUCCGACUCCAUCUACCCUGGUUCCCAUGCCAAGCUCAAUGACUGAUCGGCAGAGUAAUGGGGUAGUCCUGAAACAGGAACAUUCCUCGAGUGGUAUAGGAAGAUUAUUCGUUGAUCGUCUUCAUCGCCGCCAAUGGACCACAGUCAUCGAAGCUGAGGGUGUCAUUGGAGAAAGAGUCCACAAGACAUGUGCCACAUCGUCCUCGGACGACAAAAGCCAUACGAUUAGGUCCCAAAUUUGUGGCAAAGACCAGAUCCAUUAUGUUGGUGGGCGUGCUAAUACAAAAGA